UGGGAGGGUUGAGUCCCCUCAGCCUCUCAGCCUCCCUGACAUCCACAGCGAGAAGUGAUGCAGCGCGACUGAGACGCGCAGUUGAGGUGGAACACAACGGGCAACAAAAAAAAAUCUGCAGUGAACGGAUACACUUGGCUCCGGCGUGCGCCUUUCACAAACCCCCGGGAAAAAUUUCCUCCCAGAAUAAACUUCAUUAUCAGGUGCUGGUUGCCACCCUAUGUGAGUCUGGGGAGCCGUUCCUGCUUCAGUAGAUUACAGCAUGAGGACUGAUCCGAUACUCUGACCAAAGACCACUGGACACAGACCACUGAGGGGGGGGGGUGGAAGACAGAAGGCUGUGGUGGUGUGGCCAUGGAUAGAAGGAAAGUUUGCGUAUUGAUGGUGCUGUGGGCCAUGGCCCACCUCGGCUCCCCAGGGUACGGGCUCAGGGCCCUGCGAAGGACUACAGGGGUGAGGAGGGGGUCCGCAGGACUGUCAGGGGAGGACGCCAACGGAGUGCCACUCAGGCGCUCCAAACGAGGUUGGAUGUGGAACCAGUUCUUUUUGUUGGAGGAGUACACCGGGAAAGAUCUGCAGUAUGUCGGAAAGCUUCAUUCAGAUUCAGACCGAGGAGAUGGAAGUGUGAGGUACGUCCUCAACGGGGACGGGGCGGGGACCAUCUUCAAGAUAGACGAGAAGUCGGGGGACAUCCAUGCCACCAAGAGGCUGGACAGGGAGGAGAAGGCCUACUACAUCCUUCACGCCAAAGCCGUCAAUCGCUUCACCAACGAGGCGCUGGAGGGCGAGUCCGAGUUCAUCAUCAAGAUCCACGACAUCAACGACAAUGAGCCGCGAUUCACCAAGGACCCGUACAUGGCCCGAGUCCCUGAAAUGUCCGACAUCGGCACCUCUGUAAUUCAGGUGACAGCCACAGACGCAGACGACGCCACGUACGGGAACAGCGCCAGGGUGGUGUACAGCAUCCUGGAGGGCCAGCCGUACUUCUCCGUGGACCCAGAAACCGGCCUGAUCAAGACGGCCCUGCCUGGCAUGGACAGAGAAGUCAAGGAAAAAUACCAGGUUGUGAUCCAGGCGAAAGACAUGGCCGGACAGAUGGGCGGCCUCUCAGGAACCACUACGGUCAGCAUCACCCUCUCCGAUGUGAACGACAACCCGCCGCGCUUCAACAAGACCCUCUACGAGUUCAGAGUGUCGGAGUCCACCGAGCUCGGGGGCUCGAUGGGAGUGAUUCAAGCCAUGGACGCCGACAUUGGUGAGAACGCGGAAAUGGACUACAGGAUCAUCGGGAGCGACGGGCCCGGCAUGUUUGAUAUCGUCACCAAUAGGAGCACGCAGGCGGGCAUCGUCGUGCUGAGGAAGCCUCUGGACUUUGAGAGGAAGCGCCAGUACAGUCUCCGCGUUCAGGUGGAGAACGUCCACAUCAACCCUCGCUUCUUCUCAAUGGGCCCGUUCAGGGACGAGGCCACCAUCAAGAUCAUCGUGGAGGACAUGGACGAGCCGCCGGUGUUCGAGCGCGCCAGCUACGUGAUGGAGGUCAAAGAGGACGCAGCCAGGAACACCGUCAUCGGCUCCGUCAGCGCGACGGAUCCUGACGACAAAAAAAGUCUCAUCAGGUACACUAUUGAUCGGCGCACAGACAUGGACAGAGUGUUCAACGUCCAUGCAGGCAACGGGUCAGUGUUCAUCCUCAGGGAGCUUGACAGAGAAGAGAACGCCUGGCACAACAUCUCCGUCAUCGCCACAGAGUUCAACAACCCGCGACUGUUCAGCCGCGUGCCUGUUUACAUCAGAGUGCUGGACGUCAAUGACAACGCUCCAACAUUUGCCACCAAUUACGAGACGUUUGUAUGUGAGAACGCAAAGGCUAAUCAGAGGAUACAAACUGUGAGUGCCACAGAUCCUGAUGAUCCAAUCGAAGGACACCGCUUCCUCUUCCAUCUUGCACAGGAGGCUGCUGGGAAGGCUAACUUCUCUGUCCGCGAUAACAAAGACAACACAGCCUGGAUCCUAACACGGAGGAACAGCUACAACAGUCUGCAGAAGAGCAUCUACCACGUGCCCGUGGUCAUCUCCGACGGAGCAUUCCCGCAGCAAAGCAGCACCAACACGCUGACCAUCAGGGUGUGCACCUGCGACCGCGAGGGCAACAUGAAGCUGUGCAACGCUGAGGCGCUCACUGCGAGGGCGGGACUCAGCACCGGAGCCCUGGUGGCCAUCUUACUCUGUGUCAUCAUUCUGCUCAUGAUCGUGGUGCUGUUUGCUGCCCUGAGGAGACAGAGGAAGAAGGAGCCUCUGAUCAUCUCCAAAGAGGAUGUCAGAGACAACGUUGUCAGCUACAAUGAUGAAGGGGGCGGAGAGGAGGACACUCAGGCCUUUGAUAUCGGCACACUGCGCAACCCAGAGGCCAUCGAGGAGAGCAAGCAGCGGAGGGACAUUGUCCCCGAGACCUUCUUCCCUCCGGUCCGACGGCCUGUGCUGCCCCCGACCCGGGACAAUAACGGGGACGUGAGAGACUUCAUCAACCAGAGGCUCCAGGACAAUGACAGCGACCCGACGGCGCCGCCUUACGACUCCUUGGCCACCUACGCGUACGAGGGAAACGGCUCCGUAGCGGAGUCCCUCAGCUCACUCGAGUCGGUGACCACCGAGGGCGACCAGGACUACAACUACCUGAGCGAGUGGGGACCCCGGUUUAAGAAACUGGCGGACAUGUACGGGGGCGAUGACAGCGACAGGGAUUCCUAACGAGAGCCUGGCACACAGAUGAGGAGAGAAACGUGACGUGAAACACAUGUUAGAAACUUCUGGUGCAUGUGUGGCGAGGAAAAUGGCGCAAGGACCGAGAAACGAACACUGUUUGUCCAAGUGCUCUUUCACCGCCAUCGAUCACCAUUCAGUUGUCCCUCGGGUGACCAGACGUAGGCUUUGUGUGUCCAGUCAGUGUUAGUUGCGUUUUUGCGAGGGCACAGUGAAAAGAGACUUUGUGUCGAGACUUUUUUUUUUGUGUGUGUAUACUGGGUGUACAUGAGGCCCAAAUAUAUCUAUACUGAUAUUUUUUUGUUUUGUUUGUUUUUCCAAAGCUGCCUGUGAUGGACACGUUCAACAAGCAGUUUUGUAAACCAACAGAUAUGCCUAUGUAUUUUUCAGUGUUUCUGGGACAAAAACAUGCUGCAUAUUGUGAGUUCUAUCUUAGCUUGUGUACGUACGGUAAUAUGAUACAAUACGCUGUACAGUUGUUUUGUUUUUCUAAUGAUUUCCAUUGUCCAGAUGACCCCCCCCCCUUUCACUGAUGGCUGCCUGGCAUUAGCCACUUAUCUACAGCUGUGCUUCAGCCACAAGAAGAUUUUGACAUCGUCAUUCCUAACGUGAACUCUCGCUACAGACCGGAGGGGAGAGGCGUACAACAUCAAAAUUUGUGUUAGUUGUGGCACAUGACUGUUGACGAGUGGAUAAUGUUCUUUUAAGCUUACCCGAAGGUGUGGUAAAAGGACUGUGGGAUUUAGGGCCACAACAAAACACCCUCAAACACACCAGUUUGUCGUUUUUGCAGUAUCUGAUUUUCAUCUCCACACAGCUUUUUGCAUUUGCUGUGCGGUGAGCCGAAAUACCAAAUAUUUCCUUACUGAGCUGAAUGUCGUCAGAACCAUUUCCUCUUGUGCAGCCAACUCUCUGCUUGAAAAAUGAAGUACAUACAAUAGUGUUAUUUUUUUAUGCUACGCUGAUAGGAAUUCACCAAUCUAAUAUGUGCCAGGCUCAGUUAAGAGGAAAAUACUGGUCUUGUUGGGCUUUUUUUGCUCAUCUCCACUCAGAAACUCACUUUAGUAACUCGCAGUGCUGAGAGGACACCACCAAGCUUGAAACUACAGCAUCAAAUUAGAUUAGAUGAAACAUCUUGUGGACAGUUACUGUUAAAAUUCAUCAUGCGAUUUGAUUGUCUUCCCCUUAAAUGGUUUGUUUUACCACUUCAGGCGAUGACAAAAAAAAACAGGAUUUGAGCGUCUGAAUUAAUGCACCAAGUGAGAAAAAUGAUGAUCUUGUUUUGGAUUCAUAAAAAAUUCUAUGUGUGUUUAAACUUGGAUUCUGUCCAUGUGUAAGGCUUUUAUACUUCAUGUGACAAAGAAUCAAAGUCCACGAUAUGAAUCAGAAGAGUUGCCUUAUAAAAAUCUUCUCAUAAUGAAAAUAAAUUCAUCUCAAUGACCAUUUAAAUGUACCACGACUGACAGCAUUAAAAAAAAAAAAAACUUACUAAAAAUAAAAGUGUUUCUCUUGCUUUUAAGAUAAAAUCUACACUUGUUUGAUCAAGAUUUUCUGUCCUGAAAGGGGCUCCAUCCUCCACAGUCGAAUGUAUGAUAAUGUAACAUAGCACUCCAGGAAUAGAAAUGUGCCAAAAAGCAAAGAACACCAGUAUUUUCCUUUAAAAUCCUCCUAUGACUGUACUCUGGUCCCUGCCCUUCAUUACAUGUACUGUAUGUAGUGUUGAAUAUGAAGCCAGUCCAAGUGUUCGGGCUUUACUCAACUGAUUUCCUGUGGGACGAACAGACUUUUCCAUAAAGAUGCUUAUCGAGGGGCGUCUGACCUUUGAGUUGCGUGGAAUAGGGUUCUUAAACCCAGAGGUGUGUCCUUGGCUCAGAGAGAAGGUCAAAGCAUUAAUCCUGCAGCGAGAACACACAACACGGUUUAGUUAUAACUGUGAUUUAGAAAGAAAAAAACAAAACAAAAAAAAAAAAAAAAAAACAAGGAAAAAAGAAAAAAAAAAACUGAAAACGAUCCUUUAAUGGCAAUUUUGUCAAAUUACUGUAAAGACAACCUAACUAUGAAUAAACAGCUUUGAAAUAAAGAAGGCUGGUUGAACUGGGAAGGCAGAAUAAUAUCAAGAAAAAACAGGCCAGCUAAAACAAGCUGUGCCCUCACUUCAGCAAAAGGCCAACGCGUGAAGUGGCUGACAUUUAUCAGACAUUUGAAACAGUAAUAACAAAACACAAUGGCAUAAUUGCCAAAGUGCUACUUUUUUUUUUUUUCCUUUUUGUCCUCUGAAUCAGGCUUGACAUCACCGACGGUGCAGUACAUUAAACCAAAUGGUUGAUAACACAGAAAAUUCUUUAUGCUGGGUUAUUGUAUACACAUGCCCUCUUGUUUAGUUUAUUAGCUUGUUGCUGGAGCUCCCAUUGUUUAAGUGGCCAUUUCAGACUGUGGCAACGUUGCUAUGAUAAGCAUUUAAUGGGUUUAAAAACCCUUCACUCGAAGAAAACGGCUUUUCUGCCUCAAGGUACAUUGUGAGGUCUCAAAUGGAAAUCAACAUGACAGCAGCACUCAUCAAAAGCAUUCUUACUUCAGUCUUCACUAUUUUCCGUCUUCAUACAAGAUGUCAGCGUAUUGCCAUUACGAGGGCGUGCUCGUGUUUUCCUAUGGAGAGUAUAAUUGCCUCCAAGCAUUUGCGCCAUGCUCAGCUAAGAUGACAGAAAAAUGUUGCACAUCGUAACGUACCGCACCUCCGCGUCUCUUGGUUUGUUUGGUUUUUUUUUUGUUUGUUUUUUUUUAAAGUUGAGAGCAACUAGAUGGUGACGCUGAUGUCUUCUUUCUCCAGAUACAAUAGAUCUGUGGUUGUUGAUGUGUAGACACGGUCGGCCCCGGGGCUCACCUCUACUACGGUAUAUUAUGUUGGUGACAAUGUGAUUGAGCAGUCGAGUUUUGUCAAUGUAGAAACAAUUUGAGAGGUUGUGGUAGUGUAAGGGGCCCUACAUCAUCGGCCAUUCAUCAAUCUGCUUUGUAAAACGUGAUAUUUUGUACUGAAUAUUUAUAUGACACAAUUAAAUAUCUUUAAAAUCA